AGCAAACAAGGCUUAAUGGACAUGAUAUACGUCCCAGUUUUUAUCCUCCUGUUCUUGAUUUGCUUCUGCAAAUCUGAUGAUCGCCUAACACCCACAAAACCACUCUACCCCGGCGACACGCUCAUCUCAGACGGUGGCAUCUUUGCUCUUGGCUUCUUCUCCCUGAAGAACUCGAGUGCAAACUCGUACGUCGGCAUAUGGUACAACCAAAUCCCGGAGCGAACAUACGUGUGGGUCGCAAACCGCGACAGCCCAAUCACUAGCAGUUCCUCUGGUAAGUUUGUUGUGACCAACAAUUCUGAUCUUGUCUUGUUAGACUCCAAAGGAAGCACUCUUUGGACAACCUCGAACAACAUCACCUCCGAAGCCGCCGGAACUGCUGCUACACUGCUUGACACCGGGAACUUGGUCAUCCGGUUGUCCAACGGCACAGACAUAUGGCAGAGCUUUCAUUACCCAACUGACACCCUUCUCCCUAACAUGUCUGCACCGUUGAGCAGCAAAAAUAAGCUCUACAGGCCUUUUGUUGCUUGGAGGGGCCCUGAUGACCUGUCCACUGGCGACUACUCCUUGGGCAGUGACUCCAGCUUGGUUCCCCAGGUCUUCAUCUGGAAUGGGACGAGGCCGUACUGGCGCAGAGCUGCGUGGACUGGUGCACUGGUGAACAACGUGUAUCAGAGCAACACUGGCUCCUUCAUGUUCGAAACAGUUGAAAGAAGAGGGGCUGAGUUCUACAUAACAUACACCGUCUCCAAUGGCUCACCAAAUAUGCGCGCGAAGCUGCACUAUACGGGCACGGUGAAGGUCCUUACAUGGAACAGCAAGUCGUCGUCUUGGGAUGUUUUCAUGGAGUACCCCAGUCAUAGCUGUGAUAGCUAUGCUUCGUGCGGCCCAUUCGGCUACUGUGAUGGCACAGAGGCGAUUCCAACGUGCAAGUGCCUUGAUGGUUUUGAGUCUGCUGGCCGUAACUAUUCCCUAGGAUGUCGGAGAAAGAAAGAGUUGAAAUGUGAUGAUACAGAUAGUUUCAUAACUUUGCCUGGCAUGAAAACGCCUGACAAGUUCCUGUACAUCAGGAAUAGAAGCUUCGACCAAUGCGCAGAAGAAUGCAGAAGCAAGUGCUCAUGCAACGCUUACGCGUACGCCAACCUAAGCAGUCUUGGCAGUCUUGACAUGGUUGGAGACAGUUCGAGGUGCUUGGUUUGGAUGGGGGAGCUUGUUGACACAGGGAAGCCUGCUGGUGGUGUUAGUGAAAAUCUUUACCUCCGUAUUUCCAGCUCAUCCGCUAACGAAAAAAAGAUCCUUAUACUGAAGAUUGUACUCCCGGCUGUGGCUUGUCUGUUGGUACUCACAUGCAUAUACCUUGGAUGCAAGUCACAAGGUAAACGCAGAAGGAAAGGUCAGAACACACAUAUGCUAAAGCACUUGAAUGCUUACAAACUUGGGAACGAAGAUACGGAACUUCCAUCUGUAGGCUUUGAAGAAAUUCUCACUGCAACAAACAACUUUUCUGCUUGCAACAUGCUUGGAAAAGGUGGUUUUGGAAAAGUGUACAAAGGAAUAUUGGAAGAUGGCAUGGAAGUUGCUGUCAAAAGGCUUAGUAUGGGUUCUGGGCAAGGGAUUGAGGAGUUCAGGAAUGAAGUAGUUCUGAUUGCCAAAUUGCAGCACCGAAACUUAGUUAGGCUUCUUGGUUACUGCAUUCAUGAAGAUGAGAAGUUACUCAUUUACGAAUACUUACCUAACAGGAGUUUGGAUGCCUUCCUUUUUGAUGCUACAAAAAAAAUUAUGCUUGAUUGGCUGAGCCGGUUCAUGGUCAUUAAAGGGAUAGCGAGAGGGCUUCUUUAUCUCCACCAAGAUUCAAGAUUAACAAUAAUUCAUCGAGAUCUCAAAGCAAGCAACAUCUUGUUGGAUGCACAAAUGAGUCCUAAAAUAUCUGAUUUUGGUAUGGCAAGGAUCUUUGGAGGAAACGAGCAACAAGCAAACACUAACCGGGUUGUUGGGACAUAUGGUUACAUGUCUCCUGAAUAUGGGAUGGAAGGCUACUUUUCUGUCAAGUCUGACACCUACAGCUUUGGGGUUCUGCUGUUGGAGAUUGUAAGCGGGUUAAGGAUUAGCUCACCCCAUCUCACCAUGGGCUUUCCAAACCUUAUAGCAUACGCAUGGAGCUUAUGGGUUGAUGGAAAUGCAAGGGAAUUGGUGGACCGGUCUGUUUUGGAGAGUUGUCCACUUGAUGAAGUUCUACGAUGUGUUCACAUAGGGCUCCUGUGUGUUCAAGACCAUCCAAAUGCUAGGCCACCCAUGUCAUCCAUUGUGUUCAUGUUAGAGAAUGAAACAGCUCUGCUUCCUGCCCCCGAGAAACCUACAUAUUUCACAAUACGGAGCCAUGAAGCUGAAGACUGGAGAAAAUAUAUGGGAAGAUCUGAGAAUAACAUGAGCAUCACGACACUGGAGGGACCUUCAAUGCACCGCGGAGACCUCGCGGUCUUGUGUACACACUUGCCUUUCCUAUUGAUCAAGGCUGGACUUUGUGUGGCCAACCGGAUAUAUAAAGCCUGUGCAAAUGUGAGAAGCCACAUCAGGAAUACCAAUACUCUGAGCAGUACUUCAGCUCCUACCUUGUACAUUUGUAGCCUCCAAGCAAACAGUCUGAAGCAUCUUCAUAGUUCAUACUAUAUCUCCUUACUUUCCUCUUCACAAGCAUAUGCACAAGGCCUAAUGGGCCCUGUUUUUGUCCUCCUGUUACUGAUUUGUGUCUGCAACUCCGAGGAUCGCCUAACACCUGCAAAGCCACACUCCGUCGGCGACAGGCUCAUCUCAAAUGGUGGCAUCUUUGCUCUUGGCUUCUUCUCCCCGAAAAACUCAAGUGCAAACUCAUAUGUUGGCAUAUGGUACCACAACAUCCCCGAGCGAACAUAUGUGUGGGUCGCAAACCGCGACAGCCCAAUCACUGGCAGCUCCCCUGGUAAGUUUGUUCUGACCACCAGCUCUGAUCUUGUCUUGUUAGACUCCAAAGGAAGCACUCUUUGGACAACCAUGAACAACAUCACCACUGAAGCCACCGGAGCUGCUGCGAUACUGCUGGACUCUGGGAACUUGGUCAUCAGGUUGCCGAAUGGCACAGAUAUAUGGCAGAGCUUCCAUCACCCAACCGAUACCAUUCUCCCGAAUAUGAGUUUGCAGCUGAGCAACAACAACAACCUCUCCACGCACCUCGUUGCUUGGAGGGCCCCUGAUGACCCAUCUACGAGUGAUUACUCCUUGGGUGGUGACUCGAGCUUCCAGAUCCUCGUUUGGAAUAGGACGAUGCCAUACUGGCGCAGGGCUGCGCUCGAUGGUGUAUUGGUCUUCGCCAUGUAUCAGAGCAAAUCAGGUCCCAUCAUGUCCCAAACAAUUGUCAACAGAGGUGGUGAGUUCUACUUGACGUACACCGUCUCUGAUGGCUCAGCAAGCAUGCGUAUGAUUCUGCACUACACGGGCAUGGUGAAACUCCUGGCAUGGAACAGCAACUCAUUAUCUUGGGAUGUUUUCUUUGAGCGCCCUGGUUCUAGCUGUGACCGCUAUGCCUCUUGUGGCCCGUUUGGCUACUGUGAUGCCACAGAGGCGGUUGCGACAUGCAAGUGCCUUGAUGGAUUUGAAUCUGUUGGUCUUGACUUUUCCCUAGGAUGCCAGAGAAAGAAGGAGAUACGUUGUGGUCAAGGAGAUAGUUUCAUUACCUUGCUUAACAUGAAGACGCCUGACAAGUUCUUGUACAUCAGGAAUAGAAGCUUUGACCAAUGCGCAGAAGAAUGCAGCCGCAACUGCUCAUGCACCGCAUAUGCUUAUGCUAACCUGAGUAAUCUCGGUGUGACUGUAGACCAGUCGAGGUGCUUAGUUUGGAUGGGAGAGCUUGUUGACACAGAGAAGCGUGGUGAUGGUCUUGGAGAGAAUUUGUACCUCCGGAUUCCCAGCUCGUCUGUCAAUAAGAAGACUGGUGCACUGAAGAUUGCACUCCCAGUCAUGGCAAGUCUACUGAUAAUUAUGUGCAUUUGUCUUGUCUGGAUACGCAAGUCGAGAGUCCUGGCAGGCAAGGACCAAACCAAGGCACCCAUGAAUUAUGCGGUGCCAGAACAACUGGGCAAUUCUGAUGUACUAUACGAUCAAAAUUCAGAAUUUCUGUGGAUUAGCUUCAAUGACAUCAUUGCUGCUACAGAUGGUUUCUCUGACUCUAAUGUGCUUGGAAAAGGAGGCUUUGGCAUAGUAUACAAGGGCACACUGGAAGGUGGCAAGGAAGUUGCUGUUAAAAGGCUUACCAAGUGUUCUGAUCAAGGAAUGGAGCAUUUUAGAAACGAAGUAGUUCUUAUUGCAAAACUGCAGCACAGAAACUUAGUUAGACUUCUUGGUUACUGCAUCCAUGGAGCUGAGAAGCUUCUUAUUUACGAAUACUUACCCAACAAAAGCUUAGACUACUCCCUAUUUGAUGAUGCUAAAAGAUCUAUGCUUGAUUGGCCAACAAGGUUUAGCAUAAUCAAAGGGAUAGCUAGAGGACUUGUGUACCUCCACCAUGAUUCGAGAAUGACGAUAAUUCACAGAGAUCUGAAAGCAAGCAACAUCUUGUUGGAUGAGGAGAUGAGACCCAAAAUAUCAGAUUUUGGCAUGGCAAGGAUCUUUGGUGACAACCAGCAACAAGCAGAUACUAGACAUGUUGUUGGAACAUACGGUUACAUGUCGCCCGAAUAUGCGAUGGAAGGCAUUUUCUCUGUCAAGUCCGACACAUACAGCUAUGGGGUCUUGCUACUGGAGAUUGUAAGUGGGUUGAAGGUCAACUCACCUCCCCAGCUUAUGAGGGACUUUCCAAACCUCGUAGAUUACGCAUGGAACUUACUGGAAGAAGGAAAAUCAGGGGAUUUCAUGGACACGGUGCUUCUGAAGAGUUGUUCACUGCAUCAAGUGUCGUUGUGCAUCCACAUAGCAUUGUUGUGCGUUCAGGACAGCCCGGGUGCCAGGCCACUCAUGUCGCUAGUCGUGUCUAUGCUGGACAACGAGGCCAUGCCAGUCACGACUCCAAAGCAACCUCUGUAUUUCAUUGGAAGGAGACAUGAAGCAGAAGAAGCGACGGAGGACUCUGUUAACAGCGCGGGCCUGACAUCGCUAGUAGGACGCUAGAUGCCUAGAAUCCGCUAUGCUUGUCUGCAGUGUGGUGACCUGAGCGCCCUGGAACAUCAAAGGAAGCAGAUUACCAUUGACUGCCAAGUGGAUUUCAGUAACCAGCUGCAGGUGGUGCUCCAACGGUCCGUUUGAAAUUACUGGUGUGGUAGCUUUGAGUCUUUGACUGAUAAACUUGUUAGGCGCUCAAAUGCAACUGAAGCUGGACCGUCAGCUUGUUUAGAAGGACUCAUCAGGCUUGGUGCUUCAGUGGCAGAGUGAUCGUUCUGCUGAUGUCCAAGCCAUUCUCUUGCACGCUGAAAAUCCAUCAAAAAAAGGUCAAAAGGGAGGGAAAGGAGGUCGCGCAUUUGUUAGCGCAACCGUGUAGUGAUCCGAAUAUAUGCCGUACGAAAAAUAUUUCAUGAUGAAUCUGACGGUAUUGAUUUGGUAUUGUAAAUGCUGAUAUUUUUACUGUAAACUUGGUCAAUGUUGACAAAGUUUGGCUUUGAAGAAAAAGCUUACGUGCAACUAUAAUUUGGCAAA